CUGUCCUUCAGAGUCUGGGUCAAGAUGAAGGACCAGGUCCACUUCAGUCCCGUCAUUCUGGACCCAAACACUGCAAACAGAUGGCUCUGUCUGUCUGAUGAUCUGACCAGUGUGAGAUAUGGAGACAAAUGGCAGAAGCUUCCUGACAAUCCAGAGAGAAACACUUAUGGUUCCACCAUUUUUGGUUCUGAGGGCUUCAGCUCAGGGAAACACAGCUGGGAGGUGGAGGUGGGAGAUCAUCCUUACUGGAAUGUUGGUUUGGUUAAAGAAUCAGUCGACAGGAAGGGAGAGAUAUUAGUUUCACCAAAAUAUGGAGUCUGGUGUUUGUUUCAUGAUGAUGGAAGAUAUUCAAAUGGUGCUGGUAAAACUCUUAGAGUGAAGAAGAGUCUCCAGAGGUUCAGAGUCCACUCAGGGAAACACAGCUGGGAGGUGGAGGUGGGAGAUCAUCCUCGCUGGACUGUUGGUUUGGUUAAAGAGUCAGUCGACAGGAAGGGAGAGAGAUUUUUUUCACCAAAAUAUGGAAUCUGGUGUUUAUGUCAUGGAGAUGGAAGAUAUACUAAUGGUGCUGGUAAAACUGUCUCAGUGAAGAAGAGUCUCCAGAGGAUCAGAGUCCAGCUGGACUACGACAGGGGGGAGGUGUCCUUCUACAACUCUGAAGACAUGAGUCUCAUCUACACUCACAGAGACACUUUCACUGAGAAACUGUUUCCUUAUUUUUGUAUUGGAAACGCUGGAGAUGCUGCAGAAGUUAAAAUCUGUAAACUUCAUUUCUGA